CGUAUUUUUACAGUUUUGCUCUUCUUAUUUAUUGUAUUAGUGCAAAUACGGAAAUCUUCAAAUUCUAAUGAAAACAUUUCUUAUUGUUUACUAAUUGCAUGGUUUUGAAGGAAUUUAAAACUAGAGUAAUAUUAGGAUCAUCCAAAUAAACAUAAUAUAUAGCGGAUUUCAGUAAAAUACCAAGAAUUUGCACCACAAAGUAAAGCCUGUGCAAUAGUUGUUUGAGAAAGCCGACAAGAUUCUAUCCUAUUUGUAUAUUACCAUACAUACUUAUACAACACCAUAUAGACUUGUACAUUACCAUAUAGACUUGUACAUUACCAUAAAGACUUGUUCACUACGAGAAACAUUGGUACAUUACCUCAUAGACUUGAACAUUACCAUUGAGACUUUAACAUUACCAUAAAAAUAGACUUGAACAUUACCAUAUUGACUUGUAAAUUAUCAUAUAACAAUGUUACAAUUUAAAUAUUGCUACCAGAUGUCGGUCUUUAUGUUCUUAUCGAAGACAAUUUUCGGACAGGUUUGUCAAUCUAGACCUUUGCGUGUAAUUCCUGAUAAAUCUGGAGAGAGACUGAAUGGAUCUGUUUAUAUAACAUUUCACAACUACGGACCAAACAGUUGCUUCGAUGAAUGCAUCCGAAGACCCAGAUGUCAUUCGUUCAACUACAACAUGGAUUCUUUCCACUGUGAGAUAAAUGAAAAACCAUCAACGGAAGUGUUCGUAUCAGAAUCCGGAUAUGAAUAUGUUAUCAUCUCGACUGAUAGACAGACAUCACGUGAUCCCUGUACCUCAGAUUGUGCAGAAGGAGAAAUAUGUAUCACUUUGUAUAAUGGAAUGUGUACAUGCUUGGUUGAUGAUGACGACACGAUAAGGUAUGAGACGACAACUCAAAUAACCACUGAGAGCGAAACUACCACUGUAAGUACAACUCAAUCAGGGAUGACAACUGAGGAAAAAACAACCCAAUCAGGGGCGACAACUGAGGAAAAGACAACUCAAUCAGGGGUGCUAUAAACAGUUUCGUAUGAAAAACUAUGGGUUAUUCCCCGACUAAAAAUAACCAUGGAGGAAAACCCCUGUUUAUUUACUCAAUUGGUGAAAAAGUAUCAUGUUUUUUUGUAUUUGAUUGUAAACAUUAGUUAAUUAGCUUUCAAUUAAAACAGGUUAAAAAUUA